AUGCUGCAAGGACCACUGCUGAUUCCUUUGCCAUCGACAAAUCAUUAUGAUGUUUCAAACAACAGAAUGACAGGAAAAAUUUCUCCCUUGAUAUGCAACUCGAGCUCUCUGUUGACCCUUGAUUUGUCUAAUAACAACUUCACUGGCGAAAUACCUCAAUGUUUGGUAAAGUACCAUGAUUUUCUAUCAGUUCUGAAUUUAAGGAAUAACUCCUUUCAAGGCUUCAGUCCUCAGGCAUUCAAAGUUGGAAGCAAUUUGAAGGUGAUUAAUCUCAGUGAUAAUAGAUUUCAAGGGCAACUUCCUCGAUCUUUAGCAGCAUGCACGGUGCUAGAGUUUCUUGAUCUUGCGAACAAUCAACUCGUUGAUGUCUUCCCCACUUGGUUGGGGACUCUUCCCCAGUUGAAGCUUCUCAUUCUGCGACAAAAUCGAUUUUAUGGUGCGAUUGGGAAACCAAAGAAAAGUUCAGAGUUCUCUAAGCUACGUGUUAUUGAUCUUGCUCAUAAUAUUUACACUGGUGAUAUGCCUUACGAGUACAUGUUUAUUUGGAAUGCCAUGAAAUCUAUGAAUGCUAGUGAUUGUACAUAUCUAAAAGCAUAUGUUCAAGAAGAUUUUGCCACCAUUGAUCUUUCAAGCAACAAAUUUGGGGGUGAGAUACCUGAAGCUAUUGGGUACCUGAAGGGUCUGCAUUCACUGAACCUCUCCAACAACAAGCUCACUGGCCAUAUCCCAUCAUCCUUGGGGAACUUGUCAAACCUCAAAUCGUCGGACCUUUCUCAAAACAAGCUAGUAGGAGAGAAGAGAUCCCUCAGCAACUACUGCAGCUUACGGCUAAUACCGCGAGGAAAUCAACUCAAUACAUUUGACAGCAGUUCAUUCGAGGAUAAUCCAGGAUUAUGCGGAGAAUCGCUGCCAAACAUAUGCAAAGAUUUGAAUGUUGUACCACCUUCAUUUGCUGCUGACGAUGAUUCUGAAUUCAUAGACGUACCAAUGCUGAUAUCUGUUAUGAUGGGCUACAUAAUUGGACUAGUCGUUGGAGUGAUUCUUGGCAACUUUUUGACCAAGAAGAUGCAGGGAUUUGGCUGGGCAACACUUAGGUGGAGGGGCACUUCAAGAAGGCCUGCAGACUUUUGA